UCUACAAUCUGUCUGGACACGCUUGUCCCAACGUCCUCUGGUUCUGUGCUGCUGAGGAAAACCAGGAGAGGUGAAUUACUUACCAGUGGACUCAAAUCAGCAGGCAAAAAAGAUCACCCACCACGGUGUUUACAUUCUAGUGAAGAAGGAGAAAAGAAAGAGCAGGGCCCAGACGCUCUCAAGGCAUGGCCAGGCUCCCCAUCCUGUAUUUCGUCCUGCUGAGUGGUCUGCCUGACAAGAGCCAAGCCUGUUUCUGUGAUCACUACCCAUGGACUCCGUGGUCCAGCUGCUCAACAACCUGCAGUUCUGGAACCCAGAGCAGACAGAGACAAACAGUAGUAGACCAGUACUAUCUGGAUAACUUCUGUGACCAGCUUUGCACCAAGCAGGAGACCAGGCAAUGUAACUGGCAAAGCUGCCCUAUCAACUGCCUCCUAGGGGAUUACGGACCAUGGUCAGACUGUGACCCUUGUGUUGAAAGACAGUUUAAGGUUAGGUCCAUCUUGCGCCCCAGUCAGUUUGGAGGACAACCAUGUACUGAACCUCUGGUGACCUUUCAGCCAUGCAUUCCAUCUAAGCUCUGCAAAAUUGAAGAGGUUGACUGCAAGAAUAAAUUCCGCUGUGACAGUGGGCGCUGCAUUGCCAGCAAGUUAGAGUGCAAUGGAGAAAAUGACUGUGGAGACAACUCAGAUGAAAGGAACUGUGGGAGAACAAAAGCAGUGUGUCCAAGGAAGUAUAUUCCCAUCCCUAGUGUACAAUUGAUGGGUGCUGGGUUUCAUUUUCUGGCAGGAGAGCCCAGAGGAGAAGUCCUUGAUAACUCUUUCACUGGAGGAAUAUGUAAAACUGUCAAAAGCAGUAAAGCAAGUAAUCCAUACCGUGUUCCGGCCAAUCUGGAAAAUGUCAGCUUUGAGGUACAAACUGAAGAAGACGAUUUUGAAACAGAUUUCUACAAGGAUUUAAUUCCUCUUGAAAAGAAUGAAAAUCAACAAGCCUCACAUUGGGGGGAACAACAGAGCACCUUCCGCAUACCAAUUUUUUAUUCCUCAAAGAAAAGUCAAAGCAACUCCCAUAAUUCUGCCUUCAAACAAGCUAUUCAAGCCUCCCACAAAAAGGAUUCUAGUUUUCUUAGGAUCCAUAAAGUGAUAAAAGUCUUAAACUUCACAAUGAAAACUAAAGAUCUGCAGCUUUCUGAUGUCUUUUUGAAAGCACUUAACCAUCUGCCUCUAGAAUACAACUCCGCCUUGUAUAGCCGAAUAUUUGAUGACUUUGGGACUCACUAUUUCACCUCUGGCUCUCUGGGAGGAGUGUAUGACCUCCUCUAUCAGUUUAGCAGUGAGGAACUGAAGAACUCAGGUUUAACAGAGGAAGAAACCCGAAAUUGUAUCCGGAUUGAAACAAGGAAACGCUGGGGGUUUGUUAAGAAAAAAAAAGUGGAACAUAGAUGCACCACUAACAAGCUGUCAGAGAAGUAUGAAGGUUCGUUCUUGCAGGGAGCAGAGAAAUCCAUAUCCCUGGUUCAAGGCGGGAGGAGUGAGUAUGCAGCCGCUUUGGUGUGGGAGAAAGGGAGCUCUGGUCCGCAGGAGAAGGUGUUUCCGGAGUGGUUAGAGUCGGUGAAGGAAAAUCCUGUUGUGAUUGACUUUGAGCUUGCUCCCAUCACAGACUUGGUAAGAAACAUCCCCUGUGCAGUGACAAGACGGAACAACCUCAGGAAAGCCUUUCGAGAAUACGCAGCCAAGUUUGACCCUUGCCAAUGCGCUCCGUGCCCUAAUAAUGGCCGCCCCACACUCUCGGGGACUGAAUGUCUGUGCGUGUGCCAGAGCGGCACCUAUGGCGAGAACUGUGAGAGACGCUCCCCAGAUUAUAAAUCCAAUGCGGUAGAUGGCAACUGGGGCUGCUGGGCUUCCUGGAGCGCCUGUGACGCUACAUAUAGGAGAUCAAGAACCCGAGACUGCAGUAACCCUGCUCCCCAACAAGGAGGGAAACCCUGCGAGGGGGAGAGGCGGCAGGAGGAGCACUGCACAUUUUCAAUAAUGGAGAAUGAUGGACAACCAUGUAUCAGUGAUGAUGAAGUAGUGAAAGAAAUAGACCUUCCUGAGAUAGAAUCAGAUUCAGGGUGUCCUCAGCCACUUCCUCCCGAAAAUGGAUUUAUCCGGAAUGAAAAGAAGCUCUACUCAGUUGGGGAAGAAGUUGAAAUUUCGUGCCUUACUGGAUUCAAAACUGUUGGAUACCAGUACUUCAGAUGCUUACCAGACAGGACCUGGAGGCGAGGAGACGUGGAAUGCCAACGAACACAGUGCCUCAAGCCAGUUGUGCAGGAAGUCCUGACCAUCUCACCAUUCCAGAGAUUGUAUAGAAUUGGAGACUCCAUUGAGCUAACCUGCCCCAAGGGCUUUGCUGUUGCUGGGCCAUCGAGGUACACAUGCAAGGGGGAUUCCUGGACACCACCCAUUUCAAACUCACUUACCUGUGAAAAAGAUAUUCUGACAAAAUUGAAGGGCCAUUGUCAACCAGGACAAAAACAGUUAGGAUCUGAAUGCAUUUGCAUGUCUCCAGAAGAAGACUGUAGCCAUUAUUCAGAAGACCUCUGUGUGUUUGAUACAGACUCCAGCCAUUACUUUACUUCAAUGGCUUGUAAAUUUUUGGCUGAGAAAUGUUUAAAUAAUGAGCAACUCCAUUUUCUGCAUAUUGGUUCCUGUCAAGAUGGUCCACAGUUAGAAUGGGGUCUUGAGAGGAUGAGACUUUCAUCCAACAGCACAAAGAAAGAAUCCUGCGGCUAUGACACCUGCUAUGACUGGGAAAAAUGUUCAGCCUCCACUUCCAAAUGUGCCUGCCUGUUGCCUCCCCAGUGUUUCAAGGGUGGAAACCAACUCUACUGCGUCAGAAUGGGAUCAUCCAUGAGUGAGAAAACAGUGAACAUCUGUGAAGUAGGAGCUGUGAGAUGUGCCAACAGGAAAGUGGAAAUACUGUAUUCUGGGAGGUGUUUGGCCUAAUCCAAUUACUGAUAAACAGAUUUACUGUCCAAAAAUAAUCCCUACAAAAGAGCAUUCUUGUACAAACAGCAGACUUACAUGUCCCCCCAUUGCUGACAUAAAUUCUUUUAUGCUGGUUUCA